UGGGCGGCGCAGAGACGCUGGGGAAACCGUAUCUGAUGGGGAAACGCGGCUCGACGUAACACCGGUCUCGUUAGUGAAUCGGCUCCUGUAUUACUGCCUGCACUGCUGAACGCGGUAACUGCAUCAUUACCUGCUUCUUCUCUGUCUGCACAGAUAUUCCAUUGCCUUCCUGAUGGUGUGUUUUUCCCCGGAGAGAGAGAAAGAGAGAGAAAGAAAGAAAAAGAGAGAGAAAGAGAGAGAAGUGACCUCGGAGGAUCCUUCUUGGAAGCUUGAAUCCUUACUGGAUCUGGAGAUUCCCCGUUCAGUCCCUAAAAUCAGUGUUGGACAAUAAACUUGUGAGCUUUUCAUCAGAAUCCUGUGUUUUGAGUCCCACCCGUUCACUGAACAUUAUGACACGAUCUAUGUGACGUUUGCUCUCUGGAUGAAUUCUUGAGAGCAAACGUCACCAUCAGCCUGACGCCUUUCCUGUUUCACCUCCUUUAUUUCUGAUGCGCAGUUCGUUUCUGUGAGCAUAAAGUUUCUUCAAAGUUUGGAUCCCGGAGGUCACAAUGAAAAUGCUGAUGGUCCUGUUUCUCCUGGGAGUACAGGAGGCGGCGGCAGUGAUCCACUCUCUGAAGUAUUUCAUAACUGGAUCCUCUGGAGUCCCAAACUUCCCAGAGUUUGUGGUUGUUGGGAUGGUUGAUGAUGUUCAGAUAAUUCACUAUGACAGCGACACGAAGAAAGCAGAGCCCACACAGGACUGGAUGAUCAAACUCACAGCAGAUGAUCCACAGCACUGGAAGGGUCAGAUUGCACUCGCUCUGGAUGAGCAGCAGGAGUUAAAAGCCAACUUUGAAACUGUAAAGCAGCUCUUCAAACACACUGCAGGUGUUCACACUUAUCAGGAGAUCUCCGGCUGUGACUGGGAUGAAGAGACUGAUGAGCUGAAUGGAUUCAGCCAGUUUGGUUAUGAUGGAGAGAACUUAAUAUCAUUUGACCAGAAGACACAUACGUGGACCGCUUUUAAUCAGCAGGCUGUCAUCAUAAAAAACAUCUGGGACAAUAACAAAGCUCGCGCUGCAUGGGUGAAGACCUACUUCACUCAGAUCUGUCCUGGCUUUCUCAAGACGCUCCUGAGCUAUGGGAGGAGCUCUCUGAUGAGAACAGUCCUUCCCUCAGUGUCUCUCCUCCAGAGGUCUUCCUCCUCUCCCAUCACCUGCCACUCUACAGGUUUCUAUCCUCACAGAGCUGAGCUGGUCUGGAAGAAAGAUGGAGAGGAGCUUCAUGAAGGUGUGCACAAAGGAGAGAUCCUCCCCAACCAUGAUGGGACCUUCCAGAUGAGUGUUGAUCUGGACCUUUCAGCAGUUGGCCCUGAGCACUGGGACAGGUACAGCUGUGUGUUUCAGCUCUCAGGUGUGAACGAGGACAUCACCACCAAACUGGACAAAGCAGGAAUCAGGAGCAAUGAAGGAGGUUCCCUCUCCGUGAUCAUUCCUGUGGUUGUUGCUGUGGUCGUUCUCGCUGCCGUCGCUGUGAUCGGAUUCAUUAUUUACAAAAAGAGAACAGACAAACGUCCCCCAGCUCCUGUGGAGAACCCUGAAGUUCAGGAACAAAUGGUUCCUACAGCCUGAAGGACCAACAGCUCCUCUGCACUCAGUUUAUGGAUAAAUGCACUGAAACAAGAGGCGGAGCCUAAACUGGAACGUCAUGGAUUAUUGAUGAAAUGAUGGAACGUUGGGGAAUCUGGUUGUAGAUGAUUAUUAAUCAAUAUUUAACUUUGAACAUGAGUAACAAAUGUUUAACAAAAACAUCAUAUCUGGAUCAUUUCUGUGCCCAUGUGGAGAAAAAAAAUUACCUUUAAACAAUAAUGAAAAUUAUUUUACAGCUGCAGUCACAGUUAAACCUGCAUGAGUGAUAAUAACUAAUAAAGGUUAUCUUAUCACCUUAAACAGAUCCACUAUAUUUACAGUUUAGUGUUCCUGGUGUGGGGUUUGUCAGAAAAAUUAUAUAUAUGUCCUUUAUUUAUGAAGGACCGGGCGCACAAUAACAGCUCUCAUAGUGAGGCCUCACUAAGCAGCCUCACUCAGGCUGCUCAUCAACAGGAACUCUGACACCAACUUAUACAAAAACAUGAUUAUUAUAACUGAUUAUUAUAACUGAAUGAUUAUUAUACUAACACAGAACUGAUUUUCUUAACAGGUUUCCUCAUAAAUCAAUGCAUCAAUAAUAAUAAAAAUGUGGACGUCCAUAAACAGAGGUAGUGAUACGUGGUUUCUCCUCUUCAUAGAUAUUCAGGCUGCUGAUCAUUUAGUUCUUGAUGCUGCAGCUCAGCAACAAUCUGAAAAUCUUAGAAAUAAUCUGAGAUUUUCCUCAUAACUUGUUAAACUUUGUAAACGUGAUGAUGAACUUUGUGCUCUGAGACGACUCAGCUCUCAGCUCUCAGAGUCCUCUGAGAGCUGAAAUGUGAUCCAUCAGCAACGCUUUGGACUCACAUUUGUUUCUAUGACGUCUCUAAAUUAUCAGUUUAUUGAAUUCACAGAAAAUAUACAUGAAGUAAUGACAUAAAAUACUUGUUACCAUCGUUAUGUGCGUGUCCAAAGGAGCACAACAUGUUACCCACAUUUCACUUUAUAUUCCUUUACUUUUUAAAAAACUGAUUUCAAGCAGACCUAAACAGGUUUUACUGUAUGACUGAAUUUUUGUCUUAAUAAAGAUGUUUAUUGUGUUUUGUUUAAGCCCUGUUUUGAUAUUUUUGAUGUUAGAGUUCAGUUUCAGACUCUGAAGUGUUCUGUGUUGUUUUUAACACACUGAUGAAUGUGUAUCUGCUCGUAGUUCAGGCUUUUUCUGACUCCUCUGUAAACAUGAAAAAAUGAAUCAGUGAUGCUCAGAUUGCUUCUGCUGUUGGUUUGAUGGAAGAAAUUCAGUAAAGCUGCUGUUUCUCUUUUUCACACUUUUCAAUAAAGUCCCAAAUAAUCCAGA